CGCGCGGCACCGCCCGGCCGCCGCUAUAAGCCGGCGCGGGCGGGGAAGGAGCUGUCGCGCCCGCGGUGGCGUCAGGGGGUGAGCCUGCGGGACGCAGGUAGGCGAAACGGUAUCGGAUCCUCUUUCCCUGACCGCGCGUACCAGAAGCCAACGGUUAGAUGUUGUUACGUAACUCCGGCAAGCCAAGAGCAAAAGGGACUCGGCACGCGGAGGAUCUAGAGACGACACGAUCCCUCUCCGCAGGGGAGGACUGAGGAAGACUUGCUAGACGAGAUCCAAAACCAGCGUGAUCUUCAUUUUUCUAAUAAGCUGAUUCUGAAACUCUGAGGACUCCUAGCCUGAGCUCUUGAGCUACUUGGUCCAGGAGUUGGAAGAUGCGAUAAGCCUGAUAGGCUUGAAGACAGAAGAAUCUCCUUAAGCAAGCUGGUCAAUCUGAAAAAUUGACCAUGUCUAUUAUGGAUCACAGCCCCACCACUGGAGUGGUGACUGUUAUUGUUAUUUUGAUUGCUAUUGCAGCUCUUGGUGCCUUGAUACUGGGGUGCUGGUGUUACCUGCGUCUGCAGAGGAUUGGCCAGUCUGAAGAUGAGGAAAGCAUUGUGGGCGAAGGAGAAACCAAAGAGCCCUUUCUUCUGGUGCAGUACUCUGCUAAAGGACCUUGUGUAGAGAGGAAAGCUAAGCUAACCCCAAAUGGCACAGAAGUACACAGCUAACUUGGAGUAAUGCGUGUAUAUGGACUACGCUUAUGAGGUGUUUAACCAGCUGAAGAAUCUCUAUACUGUGAAGAACCUGGUCACGUGCACGCUACUCAUCAGAAAGCACCCUGAUGAGGAUUAAAUAAGCUUUGUUUGCAACUGCAUGCACUGAGAAGUUGCACUUUGCACCGACCGCGUAUCCCAAUUCCUCUACGACAGGAGCCAACUCACCUGCCGUAACGUCCGUUGCUGGCAAUGGACACGGGGAUGUAUUGGCGUGAAGAGACCGCUAGUGUUUUUUGUUACCUGAAUGUUUAGCCGAGCCUAUUUUGAUGGAGGUACUACUGUAAUGUGAACUACUUUACAACUGUGAACUGUAAAUAGGCUUCCAGAAGCUUUUUGCUUUGUGUUCCACGGCAUAUAGGAAUAAUAUGAUGCAACUGUACGUAACGUACGACGGGACUCCUGAACCACAACUGAAGAUGGGAUUCCAGACCUUCCAACCAAAUCUGCAGUUAACGCUUGUCUCCGCUACUAGCUUGAGUGCGCAGUCACGAAGUCAGAACUCCUACUCUUAACAGUUUAUUGGACUGAAGCAGAAUACUUUUUCUGGAGAAGAAGGUGUAAGCCUUCAGUAAUGUGUUGAGGGAGGUACCACAGGAGCUACAAGACAGGAAGUAAGUGAUUUCCUUUAGUUGCAGCUAGGAAGGUUAAGCUUUUGGCUGCUAGAAGUGAGUGCUCUAACCAUGUAGCUACUGCAAGGAAACUGCCAUUUUGAUGGAUUCCAACCUGGGAGCUAAUGAUGGAUAAUGAACCCUCAGGGAUGGUCCAGAAGGUUUCCGGGAGUUUGAAAUGGCAGUAGAGCGGGCUUUUCUUUCUGUAGGUCUGCACGCUGAAACGGCAGAAGCGGUUACUUAUUAAAACUGGCAGAAGUGCAACUACUAGGAAUUUUUCCUAGAACCCCUGUUUGUGUACUUAGCAAUUAGGGUCUAUGUUAACAGCCUGCAGUAAAAAGGCAUUUUAGUCUACAGAGGAACAGUCAGCCGUAGAAUUCAGUUAACGUAUCUUGUAGAUAACUCUCCCGAUUUAAGUGUAGUACUAUGAGAUAAGUUUCGGUCUUUGAUACGCAAACAAAUGUUGAUAUGGGGAAGGGAGAUUGCCGCUCAGUUUGCGGAAGUUUUUAGCUAGCAAUGGGGAAGUCCUUCCAAAUAAGGACUUCCCUUCCAUUUCCUGCUCUGUACUAUGGUUCAGCUAUAGUAACUGUAAAAAAGAUGUGAUAAAUGGGGAGUUCUGGACCUCAAAGGUUUGGGAGUGGCGGGGGGGGGCAGAAAGGGGAGGAGAAGGAACACCGCUGAGCCACCAAUGGCAGCUUAGCUAUUCUAAAACUCUUAGGGUAGCCACACGUGCUUUGAGGCACGUACAUAGCUUCCUUUGCCUACUGAAAUUUUUUAACACUUAAUGGCCUAGGAGGGGAAAAAAGCUACUGUAAAUCUCUUCCCUGAGAUAAGUUACAAAUAACCAAGUCCAAGUUCUUCAGCUGUAUAGGAAGUAUUAGACUUGCUGCUUGUACCUGUACAUAUGAAAUAACAAGUAACAUAGGCCUAGCAAGCUUGCUUGAGAAUUGUAACUGUAUUUGAGACGAUAAUGACCUAGACAAAAAGUUUUGUCCCUUUCUUCUACAAUAAGAUGUUGACUUGCAUUUUUAGUGCUAACUUGCCUCUUUUUGUUUUAAUCGAAGGCUAUGAUUUGAAGCAAAAUGAACGCUGUCAGUAGCAAAAAGCUCCUUCUGUUGUCUCUUGAGUGCAGCAUGGGGUACAGCUGAUAGAGGGCUGUUCUUCCCCUGGCACGUACUUCUUUUUUUGUUAAGAUACUAGUCUCAUGAGACUUGCACGUAGAGCCAGACCCAUAUGCUUAAACUGCUGUAUUCUAGACCUCUUACAAAUCAAGGAGAAAAGGAUUAAUUUGGUAAGACUUUCUUUAGUUUGCAGUAGAGAACAGUUCACGUGUGGCUCUUCCUGGUUUCAAGACAGUCAGAUAACCGGUAUACAAAAGCGAUACAAAGUGCCGACAUUCCAGAACAGCAUAGCUGUAGCAAGAUGACUUUCUCUCCAUUCAAGUUUUACUGGUUACACAGAUGAAGUAUCUCUACUUUAACUCAGCAAAGAGAAUACGGUGUGAAGGGCAAACUUCAGAAAUUAGGGAAAGGUAAAAUCAAAGGUCUAAUUUCUCUUCUAGCAGCUGUAAGAGAAAGCCAGUGAAAAAUACCUGGUCCUUAGUAAGAAGUGCUUUACACUGCUGUCCCUAAAAAUCAGUAUCUUUAAAUUAAAUGGAUAGGUGUUUGCAAGUUAGUGCAAUAGUAAAGUGAAGUGCAGAAAGAGUUUUCCAUUCUUCUCUGUGGGUAUCUAAUACGUUGUUCAAGUAUACAAAAAUAUUCCAUUUGAUUUUUCUUUUGCUAGAUCACGUGGGGGAAGGUCUUUAUUUACAAUGAAUUUCAAUAAAAUUUGCACAAAUACCUACCCAA